GGCAGUCAGUCAGUGGGAGUUUAGCGCAGCCAAGCGACCAACUGCAGACACUUCGGACAAGCGGCGAGAGCGGCUGCCGCUUCGCGUAGGCAAGGCAGCCUCCUGCUCAACUUUGAGCUCGGCUUAGCAAGAGCCUCCAAAGCGGGAAGGCAGAGCAUCUGGGGGGGGGGGAGCGGGGAGAGGAGUGGAAAGAAGAAGGGAAAGAAAGGAGGUCGGGCCAGGAGAAGGGAGAUGAGGCAGUUCUGGAGGCUGGGAUCCGGCUGCCUGCUUUCGCCAGUGGCGAGCUGGAGAUCUGGAUGCCUCCGUUGGUCCCUCUUGGCCGAUCGAAGCCAUUCCAUGGCACCCCAAGGAAUCCCCUCCAAGGGCUGUGGCGAUCCUCCUGGAAUUGAAUGGCUCUUACGACUCCCCUGUUAAGCCCGAGGGCAAGUUGGCCGGGACCGCGAGGGUGGCAGGAGGCGAGGGGGUCUUCUUGAGGCGGACGUCGGAAGCCGUUGCCCGGGGAAGGCGGUUGCCUGUCGGUGCUCUUUCCUCCGCGCUGGCUGAUGUCGACUUUCGGAGCGCGAAAGGCGCCUGGAGUAACUGGGGAGCCCUCCAAGUUGUAUGGCUGGCGAAGGGAGAGGGGCAGGAAGAGGAGCGCCUAGCGUCGGAGGAGGAGGAGGAGGCGGCGGCUGAGGCGGCGGGCCAGCGGGGGAGAAGGGGGCUUCUCCUUGCGCGCCGGACAUCGGGCUCUCCAGUGAUGUGGAGACUGAGCGUGUGGUGGCUCCUGAGCAGGGUCUGUCUGUUGCUCCUGCCACCCUGCGCCCUCGUGCUGGCCAGGGUACCCGGCUCCUCUUGCCACCCGCAGCCCUGCCAGAUCCUCAAGCGGAUCGGGCACACGGUGAGGAUCGGGGCGGCGCACCUGCAGCCUUGGGCUGCUACCUCCCGAGCUGGCUCCGGAGGCUGGGGGACGCACAAUGACAUCCCGUUCGGAGGGCUCGCUGCCGGAGAGGAGCCCGAAGGUGCCUCCAAAGCUGGGCUGCAGCCUCCUAGCACGACGGGCUGGAAGGGCUCCGGAUUGCAGGGGAGGUGGAGGACAGGGACCAGUCUGAGGAGCAGGGCGCACUUGGGCACCGAGAAUCUGAUCGGCAGCGAGGAUCAAGACCAGGAACUCCCACCGCUGGUGCCCAGGGAGGCGCUCCUCUUGGCCGUGGAGAACCUCAACCGCGUCAAAGGGCUGCUGCCUUACAAUCUCUCCCUAGAGGUCGUGAUGGCCAUCGAGGCGGGGCUGGGGGAUCUACCUCUCUUCCCCUUCUCUUCCCCCAGCGCCUCCUGGAGCAAUGACCCGGUCUCCUUUUUGCAGAGCAUCUGCCACACCGUAGUCGUGCAAGGGGUCUCAGCCAUCCUCGCCUUCCCACAGAGCAUAAGCGAGAUGCUGGAGAUGGACUUCGUCGCCACCGCUCUGCACAUCCCGGUGAUCAGCAUUGUGCUCAACGAGUUCCCGAGGAAGAGCCAGAAUCCCCUUCAUCUACAAUUGAGUUUAGAAAGCUCAUUAAGUUUUGACGUGGAUGUCACUUUCUCCAUCUUGGCCUUGAACAACUGGUAUAAUUUCAGCUUGAUGGUCUGCCAGGAAGAGUGGAACAUCACAGAUUUCCUCUUGCUCACGCAAAAGAGCUCCAAAUUCUAUGUGGGACCCAUUAUAAAUAUCACAGGGAACCUCACGUCAACCAGCGACCUCUUGGCCUACUUGCAAGCUCAUUUGGAGGACAUUAAGGACACAACAGCAGCAGUGGUGAUGUUUGGCUGUGACAUGGAAAGCACAAGGAGGAUUUUUGAGAUAACCACUCAGUUUGGAGUGAUGCCUCCAGAACUGCACUGGAUUCUUGGGGAUUCACACAAUGUGGAAGAGCUGAGGACAGAAGGCUUGCCCUUGGGUCUCAUAGCCCAUGGGAAAACGACACAGUCUUUUUUUGAAGACUAUGUCCAGGAUGCAGCAGAACUGGUGGCCAGGGCUGUGGCUUCAGCUACCAUGAUCCAACCAGAACUGGCACUUAUUCCAAGUACAACCAAUUGCUUGAAUACGGAGGAAAAAAAUCUCACUUCAGGGCAGUAUUUAGCCAAGUUUUUAGCCAACACCACCUUUCAUGGGCUCAGUGGCCACAUUAAAGUAAAAGGCUCCUCCAUCAUCAGCUCAGAAAAUAACUUCUUCAUUUGGAACCUCCAGCAUGAUCCUGUAGGAAAUCCCAUGUGGACUCGAUUAGGGAGCUGGCAAGAAGGCAGAGUCAUCAUGGACUAUGGGAUCUGGCCAGAGCAGGCCCAGAGGCACAAGAAUCAGAACCAGCAUCCGACCAGGUUGCACCUGAGGGUGGUGACCCUCAUUGAACACCCUUUUGUGUUCACAAGGACUGUGGAUGAUGAAGGAUUGUGCCCAGCAGGGCAGCUCUGCCUGGACCCCUUGACUAAUGAUUCAGCAGUGCUGGAUACUCUCUUUAAAAGCCUCCAAGGAGGCAAUGAGACAGUCCCCACCGAGUUAAAAAAGUGCUGCUAUGGCUACUGUAUAGAUCUGUUGGAAAAACUGGCUGAAGAUAUGAACUUUGAUUUUGACCUGUACAUUGUUGGUGAUGGAAAGUACGGGGCUUGGAAAAAUGGCCAGUGGACAGGCCUUGUGGGUGACCUCCUGGCUGGGACUGCCCACAUGGCCGUGACUUCCUUUAGUAUCAACACAGCCCGCAGCCAAGUAAUUGAUUUCACCAGCCCCUUCUUUUCCACCAGCUUGGGCAUCCUGGUGAGAACCAAAGACACAGCGGCUCCUAUUGGAGCUUUUAUGUGGCCACUCCACUGGACCAUGUGGCUGGGAAUCUUUGUGGCUCUUCACAUCACUGCAAUCUUCCUCACCCUGUAUGAAUGGAAAAGUCCCUUUGGGAUGACUCCGAAGGGGAGAAACAGGGACAAGGUUUUCUCCUUCUCCUCUGCCUUGAAUGUCUGUUAUGCCAUUUUGUUUGGUAGAACAUCGGCCAUCAAACCCCCCAAGUGCUGGACUGGAAGGUUUUUAAUGAACCUCUGGGCCAUUUUUUGUUUAUUUUGUCUGUCGACAUACACAGCUAAUCUGGCUGCCGUAAUGGUGGGAGAGAAAAUCUACGAAGAGCUCUCGGGAAUACAUGACCCCAAGCUGCACCACCCUUCACAAGGAUUUCGCUUUGGAACUGUGCGAGAAAGCAGCGCUGAAGAUUAUUUCAAGCAAAGCUUCCCAGAUAUGCAUGAGUACAUGAAAAGAUACAACGUGCCUGCAACUCCAGAUGGAGUGGAAUACCUGAAGCAUGAUCCAGAGAAACUCGAUGCCUUCAUCAUGGAUAAAGCGCUCCUGGAUUAUGAAGUGUCAAUAGAUGCUGACUGCAAACUUUUGACAGUGGGGAAACCAUUUGCUAUUGAAGGGUAUGGUAUUGGCCUUCCUCCCAACUCUCUGCUAACCUCAAAUAUUUCUGAGCUGAUAAGCCAAUAUAAAUCCCACGGCUUUAUGGAUGUCUUGCAUGACAAAUGGUAUAAGGUAGUACCAUGUGGGAAAAGAAGCUUUGCUGUGACUGAGACCUUGCAGAUGGGCAUCAAGCACUUUUCUGGACUGUUUGUGAUGUUGUGCAUUGGAUUUGGCUUGUCUAUCCUCACUACGAUCGGAGAACACAUUGUUUACAGGCUUGUGAUCCCCCGACUCAAAAAGAAAUCCAAACUGAGAUAUUGGCUCCAUACAAGUCAGAGAUUGCACCGAGCUCUAAAUAGUUCAUUUAUUGAAGACAAACACCAGCCUAAAGCAAAACAAGUUGAAAAGAGGUCCAAUGCAGGGAACAGCCAGCAUUCCGUGUGGAACACAGCCAGCCCAGGCAACUGCCACCGGAGGAAAUACAUCUGCAGCGAGGAAAAGCAGAAUGAAGUGGUGCUCAAGCAGCAGCAGCAGCAGCAGCAGCAAGACAUACCUCUCCCUCCCCUCAAAAGAGAGGCUCCUGCCUCUCUGACCACCAACGGGAAAGCAGACUCCCUUAACGUCACUAGGACCUCAGUGAUCCAAGAGCUCUCCGAGCUGGAGAAACAGAUCCAGGUGAUCAAGCAGGAACUGCAGUUAGCCAUGAGCAGGAAACUGGAGCUGGAGGAGUUUCAGAGGACAAACAGGACUGCUGAGCCCUAAGUGGCUCUGCUCCAGCUCCCCCGCCCCUUCCCCGUAACAGUUCAGAAAUGCCCUUUUUGUAAUGCCAGAAAGCGGCACUGAAAUCAGCAAGCAAUACGUUCCCCACCGAUGGCUCCUAGUCAAGAGGCAGCAGCACACAGCCUCGGCUCCUGGUUACCAGCGUAUUUCUAAGAAGGAGCAGCUCCAUCUUGAUGGGAAGUCAUAGCCUAUCAGAAGGAUCACCUCAGGCUAUAGGGAACUCAGCCUCCAGGCCACACACGGCCCCUGUUUUUCUUCUCACACCACACAAGAGGAAUUUCCACUUUUUAGCCCUUUCUGUGCAUUAAUUAAAGAGAAAGAGAAAGAGAAAAAGAGACUUACAAUGAUGAUUCAGAA